AUGGACAUGGCACUGAUGACCAUGAGCGACGUGGCGCUGCUGGCACUGGCAAGCUUGCUGCUGGCGACGAUGGCGGCGAUGAUGUCGGGAAUGUCGGGCAUGGACCACCUGUCGAUGGACAUGGACCACAUGUCGAUGGACCACCUGAUGGGCCACCUGAUGGAUCCCAGCAUGAUGUCGGCGCACUCGGCAAUGAUGGCCAGCAUGUCGGGGAUGUCGGGAAUGGACCACAUGUCGAUGGACCACAUGUCGGGAAUGGACCACAUGUCGGGAAUGGACCACAUGUCAAUGGAUCACCUGUCGAUGGACCACAUGUCGAUGCAUAUGGGUGGCAACCUGUCUAUGGGCGGAAUGGGCGGAAUGGACAUGGGGGGCAAACUGAAACACAUGAUGAACAUGUGGUUUACGGCGCACUUCUUGGACUACCCCGUGGUGUUCCACAAGCUCACCGCCAACAACGGGGCCCAGGCGUUCGGGAUCUUUGUGCUUUUGUUCUUCGUGGCGUUUUUCGUCAAGGGGAUGGACUUCUUGCGGAUGUGGCUCGAAGUGAGAGUGUGGAAGAACCCCGUCUACCUCGAUUCGUGUGGCGACGCCACCGCCAGCUACGAGAAGCCGCUGUGGCCGGUGCGCAUCUUCCGCGACUGUGUGCGUCUUUUCCUUUGCUUUGUCCCCGAGAUGUUCGGCUACUACUUGAUGCUUGCCACCAUGACGUACGUAUUGGUGUACUUCUUCGCCGUGGUGACGGGGAUGGCGUUGGGGAAGUUUGCCUUUGAUAAACUCAGUUACUUUAUGGGCUUACAGCCGGCUGGCGCCACGAGAUGUUGA